GCGAGGCGAACAUCCAGCAGCUCUGGCAACACCACCUUAUCGCCAUGUUCUUUCCAAUAUAUUUAUGCUGCCCCAACUAAGAUGGAUUUUUACAAUCAAACACCAACACAUGCUCAUUGAAAUACCGUCAUGCACUCAAAUUGUGACAAAAAGCGACAAAUUGUAAAUGCAGAUACUAAAAAUCUCAAAGAGAUUACUUUAAACGUUUUUAAAAGCCAAUUGUGAUAAACAAAAAACCAAAAAGUGCGAGAAAAUGACAGUAACCUACACGGCGGAGGUAGCAACCUGUAGAGGCUUUGGCUGCUUUCUGAAAUUGCUGCGAAGAUGGCGCGGCAGUAUCUAUAAAUUAGUUUGGCUAGAUCUCAUCGCAUUUCUCAUUCUCUACUACGUACUUAGUAUAGUGUAUCGUUUUGUAUUAAAUGAAAAUCAAAAGCAAAUAUUCGAAGGCGUUGCCAAAUAUUGCUACAGCUACAGUGAUCUUAUACCGCUGUCCUUUGUGCUGGGUUUCUAUGUGUCCAUAGUGAUGACACGAUGGUGGAAUCAGUACACCAGCAUACCUUGGCCCGAUCCGAUUGCCGUUUUUGUCAGCGCCAAUGUCCAUGGACAGGAUGAACGUGGGCGUGUUAUGCGUCGUACAAUUAUGCGUUACGUCUGCCUCUGUUUAACAAUGGUGUUGAUUAAUGUGUCGCCGCGCGUAAAAAAACGAUUUCCCGAGCUAACACAUCUCGUCGAUGCAGGUCUCUUGAACGACAAUGAGAAGGCGAUUAUCGAGAGUAUGAAUAAGGGAUUUCCGCGUCACUCCAAGCAUUGGUUGCCCAUUGUGUGGGCGGCAAGUAUUAUAACCAGGGCACGCAAGGAAGGACGUAUACGUGAUGAUUUUGCUGUGAAAACAAUUAUCGAUGAAUUAAAUAAAUUUCGAGGUCAAUGCGGUUUACUAAUAUCGUACGAUACGAUCAGCGUGCCGCUUGUGUAUACGCAAGUGGUCACCUUGGCGGUCUAUUCGUUCUUUCUCUGCUCGGUGAUGGGUCAGCAGUGGACCCAGGAUAAGGAGGCUUUUCAGAAGAUCGAUUUAUACUUUCCAGUAUUUACGACACUGCAAUUUUUCUUCUACAUGGGUUGGCUAAAGGUGGCCGAAUCGCUGAUCAAUCCAUUCGGUGAAGAUGACGAUGAUUUUGAGGUCAACUGGAUGGUGGAUCGUAAUCUGCAGGUCUCCUACCUAAUAGUCGACGAAAUGCAUCACGAUCAUCCCGAACUAAUCAAAGAUCAAUACUGGGAAGAGGUGUUCCCCAAUGAACUGCCAUAUACCGUGGCAUCUGAACGUUUCCGUGAGGAGCAUCCCGAACCGUCUACAGCCAAGAUCGAGGUGUCGAAUAAGGCCGCCAUGCCAACAACGCUCUCUAGCGUACGCAUCGACGAAAUGGUUGGUAACAAAGGGUCAACCAAGCAAUUGUCGUUACAAGGGCUAACCCAAAAUCCAGAUCAAACCCAAACACAGACACCAAUGCAAGCAGUUAAUUAUAAAUUUCCUGAAAUGUCACAAGAAGAGGAGGCCGAUGAUGCUAGUGGCAUUCAUUUCACAGCCGGCAAUGGCAAGGUGCGACACGGCUCUUCGCCCAGCCUUGCCAGCUUAAGUGGCACAUUGUCGCGCGUCAAUACAGUUGCAUCGGCGCUAAAGCGCUUCCUCAGUCGUGAAGAGCGUCCCGGCUCCACAACACCAGUCGAUGAGAUUUCACAAAAAAAUCGUUUUCCUGGCAGUGCAAGUUCGGCCAGUCUAACCGGCAAUUUGAUUAUGAAGCCACCCGGUAGUAUACGCAUCACUGAUCAAGUCAUCGAAGAGGUCGACGAACAAACCACAAUCACAUCGCAGCGUGCCAACGAUCAGGUACGCCCGAAUGUGCGCGAUAUUUUCUUGCAGGAUCUCAACAAUCAAAGUUCAUCGGCGGCACAGCGCUCCGUGCCUAUGGAUAUUCCGCCCAGACCCGCGUCAUACAUGCGCACACAGUCCACUUACGAGCCGACGCUCUUUCCGCCGGGCGGUGUGGAGGCAUUGCUUAGCACGUCUGCGCCAACGAAUGGCAGUCCACGCAUGGUGCAGACAGUGCCAAACUCACCAGUUGCUGAUCCAUCGAGCACCAAAUCUCUCUUUGAUCAGCAAAUCAAUCAGGAAAAGGGCAGUUGCGAAACGGGUAAGUGUAAAAAUUUCGAGAGAGAGUUUGAUGCAUAAAAACACAAACAACUUCAGCAUUAAAAAAAAUUUCAUUUAUCCAUUUUUUUUUUGUUUUGGAAAUCAGCAUUAGAACGUCCCGCCGAUGCGCCGCAGGUUUUCAGAUGGUUUUUAUCGACUGGUAAAAUUUUUGUUAAAACUUAUUUUAAUUUUGCUAAAUUCCUUGUUGUUUAGUUAGUUGUUCCUUUUCUAAGUAUAGUGAACAAGUUCGGUUGCUUUUUCUCUACAUAUGUAGACUUUUGUAACAGUAUUUAUUGGCAUGUCUUGUUUUUGAUUACUUAAUUAUUGUAUAAACUGUUUUAUGCGCUGUCUUGCAGACGAGAAAAAUUAAAAUAAGUUCGCCAUUAACCCCAAUUUGAUUCUUUGUUUAUACUUAUUCGAAUUAGGAUUGCUUAGCUGCCGUUAACUUUUUUGAUAUUGUACUGUGACACACAUAGAUAGAUACAUACAUA